GUCAAAACCAGAAGCUGAAGCUGGGAGGUUGAAGUGAAUUACUGUAAUUUAUUUAAAAUGGAAUAACAAACAAGUCAAUUAUAUUUGUAAAUUGUGUAAUGAAUUAACAUGCUCUUUUUGUAAUAUUAUACAUUACUUUAUUGAUUAUGUACAUAGUAAACUUCCUCGAAUACAAAAACAGUUUUUAAAUUUUCGUUACUUUUUAAUCGUGUUUAUAAUCGCAAUUAAAUGUAAAUAUUAAUGAAAAACUGUUAACAAGUAUGUGAUAGAUGUUAUUUAACGUGAAAUAUGUCUCAAAUUACUUAGAAAAACAAACUAGGUGGUAAAUAGUGUCAAUUUGCCUGCAAAUAUGGAUUCUAUCAAAACCGAAGAUCGAGAUGGGAUCUGCAGUGGAUGUUUGAGCAUGGACCGACAUACGAGCGUAGUGGAAAGACAAGAUUUAUUUAUCAUGCUGUUGUCUAAACAGACGGUAUAUGUGGAGCCUAAGUAUUUACAAAUACAAUUAUGCUGGGAAUGCAAGGCCAUGGUGAAGAAAAUUGCAUUAUUUCAAAAGAAAAUCAACGAAGCGCAAUUCGUUUUAGAUACUUCGGUGCAAUUGGAUCAGUUAAACACAGACGUAACGCCACUAUCAACUUUGAACGUGCAUCACAACCGACAAUACGACAUUACUAUAGACCACGAUCAGGAAGUGCAAGAGAAAUUGAAACUGCCCGAGAUUAUGCAGCGUCGGUUAAGCAUCGAGGUUGUGAAGCAAGAGACGGAAGAUGUAUUUGACUAUGACAUAAAAGACGAAUGCAGCCAUAGCGACAGCGACAAACCGGCGGCGAGGAAGCGGAACUUUGUUGGCAAAUUCGAACGCAAAGCUGUGAUAACUAAGAACGAGCUGGACAUGAAGAAACUGGAGAAGUAUUUCAAGAAGAUGGUGCUGGACAACGGGGAGAUAGAGGAGGUCCUUCAGAGGGAGAGAGAGUGUAAGAGGGGCAAGAGUCAGUACCGGUAUGGCUGUAAACGUUGCAAGAUGAAGUAUAAAAGGGUGAUUGAUGUCCAUCGUCAUAGUGAUUUUGCUCAUCCCACGGACGUGUCACCGCUGCAUUGCAGCGAGUGUAAGGACGCGUUCGACACGCGCGCCCAACUGAACGAGCAUUGGAAGACGCACAACGUCCUAUACAAAUGUACAUUUUGCGUCGCGUACUGCCGCUCCAAGUUCGAGAUGAACCUGCACAUGGUCAACACGCACAGCAGACUCUACACGUGCAAGAACUGCGGGAUGCAGAUAUUCUCAUCACAACAGUUCACCCAUCACUACAAAAGCUAUCACACAAAAUAUAUAUGCGAUGACUGCGGCCGAGUGUUUGGAAUUAAAAGCAGCUUGGAGAAACAUAUGAUGUAUGUUCUUUCUAUCUUUCUUUCUUUUUUGUUUAUGUUACAGCGGGCAACCGAGCUGGUGGUUCGCCUGAUUCUUUCUUUCUUUUUUGCUUAUGGUAAGCGAUCACCACUGCCCGUGAACAGAGCAGGGGUAGUGCCGCUGCGCAUGCGCAAUCUCAGCACAGCGGUGGCGCACGUGCAGCGCCCGCCGGUCAAGGUGCCAUGCCCGGAGUGCGGCAAAAUAUUUUCUCGCAAUGCGUACAUGAAGAAUCACUACAAGCUGGUCCACGUGCGUUCAUCGUCACAUUACUGUGAAAUAUGCAAUAAGCAUUUCGUCAGCGGUUUCUCAUUGAGGACUCACAGGAAAUUUGUUCACGAGAAAACUGUGAAACCGAAGGACAAGAUAUGCGACGUGUGCGGAAGAGGCUUCCAUACGAACCGCACACUACUGAACCACAAGCGCACGCACACAGGCGAGCGGCCGUACAAAUGCACGUACUGUCCCGCCGCGUUCGCUCAGUCGUACGCGCGCACCACGCACGAGCGGUCGCAGCACAAGAACGUCUCCGAUGUGUUUAUAUUGCCGACUUAAAUAUAUUAUCGCGAAU